AUGAAAUUCCCGGCGUCCUUUGGGCAGAAGGUACACCUCGCAAAGGUCAACAAGGAAGUAAUACACCAAUGGAUCACAGAGAAGAUGCACGAGGUACUGGGCUUUGAAGAUGACAUUGUCGUCGCCAUGACCAUCAACCUCUUGGAACCAGCCAACGCGCUGGAACCAUUGGAUCCAAAGGAGAUGCAGGUCGCGCUCACGGGCUUUCUCGAAGGCGACGCGGCCGCCUUCAUGGAAGAGCUCUGGAACCUCCUCUUGAGCGCCCAAGAGAACCCAACCGGCAUCCCGCAAGUCUUCCUCGACAAGAAGAAGAAAGAGAUGGAGCUCAAGCGUGCGGCCGAGCAGGAGCAACGCGAGAAGAUCCAAAAAAAGAUCCAGGACAUGCAUGUCGCGGCCAAGACGCACGCGACUCAAGUCCGCGAUCGCCAGCCGCCGAGUCGCCGCCCCGACUCGCGUGACCGCCAGCCCCCGCGUGGCCGACCGCGCUCCCGCGAGCGCCGCGACCGGAGCCGUUCCCGCGACCACGGCCGCCGCCGUCGGUCGCCCAGCAAGAGCCCUCGCCGACGCAAGCCGUCGCCAUCGCCCCGUCGGCAUGACCGCUCCAAGAAGACCAGCGCCUCGCCCCGCCGCAACGAUGAUCGGUCAAAGAAAGCCAGUGCGUCGCCUGCGCGUACCAACGAGCGGCCAACGAAGGCCAGCGUCUCGCCGCGGCGCAAGGACUCGAAUGUGUCUGCCAAGGAUCCUGCGACACCCGAAGCCAAGGCGCCUAAGACCCGGUCGCCCAGUGCGGCGAAGGACGUAGCACCGACAGAGAAGUCGGGUAGCUCGCCGGCAAAGAAGGACCAGAUGUCCACGCGUCGGUCGCACUCCAAGGACCGCAAACCCCUGACCGUCGUCGCAGCCCUGACCGUCGUCGCAGCCCUGAUCGUCGUCGGAGCCCUGAUCGUCGUCGCAGCCCUGAUCGUCGUCGGAGCCCUGAUCGUCGUCGCAGCCCCGACCGUCGCCGUGGCAGUCCCGGACGCCGUCACCGCUCGCGAAGCCGUGACCGUCGGUGCAUCGCCGUCCAGAGACGAGUUUCAGCGGGAGAAGCGCCGCCGCAAGUCGUCGGCGGACGAAGAGUCGCGGCUCCGCGAGAAGGCCGUUGCGUCGCUCAAGAAGUAGGUGCAUGUACUCCUCUUGCCUUUCACCCUUUCCGUAAUCGUCGAAAUAAACGCUAUUUC